GCGACUUGUUUAUGACGAACGACCGUCGCGUUCCGAACUUGAGGUGUUCUUGAUCGUUCUUGAUGAUCUGCCAAGUCUACGUUUCCUUCUGAUAUCUGAUAUUUUGUGAUCGGAACAAUGCAACGAGCUAUUAAGAACAUCGUAUUUUCGCGAAACAUCUCAGCGUUAAGUCAGGUGAGGAUGGCUGGAGAACGUGGUUCUGGUGCUGGCAAAGGAGGCGGUGGUGGCGGUACCAUUCGUGAGGCUGGUGGAUCGUUUGGAAAGAUGGAAGCUGCCCACGAAGACCAAUAUUUUUAUAAUUUGCAAAAGGAACAAUUGCAGAAAAUGAGAGAAAGUCUUCACGACGAAAUCUCAUUCCACGAGGAACAGAUUAAGCGUCAUCAGGAAGCUAUAAAUCGUCACAAAAAACGGAUUUCAGAUAUGGACGAGAAACAGUAAAGAACUUUAUAUGCUAUUAUAUUAGCCUAUAAUGUUGAUUUCCGUGUAAAAUGAUUGAAAAUAGUAGAGAUACUAAAACGUAUGUAAUAUCACAUAAAUCUUUUUUUUUUUUAUGUAUAAAAUGAUUUAUUAAAUACAAAUGCUCCUAAUAUAUAUUAAUUAAACGGUAACUCACACAUUAUUUUGUUGUAUAUUAUGUGGAGAGACUAUUAUUAUUGGUGAGACUAUUAUAUAUGGUACAUUUGUAUGUGUCCGAGAAACAGUUACUUAAGAAUAAAACAUGAUCUUUAAUCAUUGCUAA